AUGUCUGAUCACGACUCUGGCUCUGAAUCUGAAUCUAACAAACAGCCUGCGUUAAAUGAAGAUGAGGUCGCUAUCCUGCGGUCCUACAUUGAGCAAUGGGACUCGGCUGAGGUAUCGGACCGCAACAAGGUCUUGAAAGCAGCUGCAACUGAGGCUCGGACAAAGGCUCCAGUCUACGAGACAUGGUUCCGAAACCAAGGAAUGAAGAAGAAGCCGGCUAAACCCCCUAUCAAGAUGGGGCAGAGAUGGACCGAAAGAAGUGUUAUAGACACCCUCCGGAAGAAAGAACUAUUAAAAACAAUACAAGACGAGACUGGAGCUAAGCCAGGGAUGAAAGAAAUGAUCAACCAUUACACCAAGCAGCUCAACCUCCUCAUUGCAUCCUUGUCCCCAGAAGAACUCAAAGAAGCCAAAGAGACGGCUGAUAUAUGGAACUGUCAGGGUGUUCCGGACGAUGUCAAGUCCGACAUUGCCAGGAAAAAAAGUGAUGACAUGAUUCAUCAUUUCGCAACCGAGAUGUGGAACCGGGCGGGAAUGAGGGUCUUUGUUGUGUCAGCUUGGAAAAAUGAAGAGGGUAAGAUUCAUGUGCCGGCUUCUCACAUUUCCGGCAGUCACGACUAUAACAAUGAAUAUGGUGGUGCCGACUCUUUCAUGAAGACUCGCAAAUGGGAUGCCAUCCUCCCGGAAUGGGAUUCAUAUGCAGAGAGCGCAUUUGAUGGUAACUUGGAUGGCGAUGCAGUUGCAACUCGCAAAAAAGGUCGACAGGACAAGACUUACAUCCUUGAUGUUGGAGACGACGGAUAUCCCGUGCUCCCUGCAUGUGAUUCUAUGGAUCUGGACACAAAGAAAGCAGUCGUGCGCACAUUUUUGACUUGGCAUUACAGAAAAUGUUGUGGGGAUCCAAAAAUUUCAAUCCCAUGGAAGUAUGUCAUUCCUAGAUGCGGCGAGAUCAUUCCAACAGAGUGCCUUCCGGAAGGACACAAUCUCGCAGAGCCUUCAAAGUUAAGGCAGAUCCAUGCCACGGAACUGCUACAGUUCUGGUAUAACCGACAGGAAGAGCGCGAAGAGCGCGUAUUGGAAUUUAUCGGUUGGUGGGACAAUGAUAAAGAGGAUAUGGUGCUAGCUGCAGACAUGGAAGUACCAGUGACAACAGCGAGAAAGAAUAAGAGAAAGCUCAAGGAGAUGUCAGAUCCGCCAAGGAAGCAGGCACGUCCACGGCAGCAGUCUCCAGCAGGACGAUCGCAAUCCGGUAUCAAUGUGAAGACAAAAAGGGCCAGACAAGAGCCGGAAACGAACAUCCAACAUGGAACCGCUGCUUCAGGUCGUGCACAAAAGAAUCAUAAGGUGAAGAGGCCAUCAAACAAAGAAUCUGACGACACACAAACAAUCAGCGACGAGUCCCUUGCUGAACAAUCCAAUGGAUCGGAGGAUGAUAUUCCUAGUGGCCAAACGGCGAUUGUGCCAAAACACCUUAGAGGUCGUCCAGUCCUGAUCCGUGGUAGCAACGACUCCGACAGCGAGGUUGAGGAAAAUAUUUGUGAAAAGUCUGUUGAACCCGCACGAGGCAAAAAGGGUGCAUUUCCGAUCCAGGCCGCUGCUAUUGAUAUGAGAUCAUCAAAGAAGGGUGCAGCGGUUGAGAAGCCAAGAGACGGCCCUCCGAAGCAUGUGCAAAAGGGCCCUGACCCUGACCGUUCGGCAUCCGCCGUGACACGCAAAGCCAUUGCACCAAGGCAGCGGAUGGCAGAUCUACCAACGGAAGCUGGUAGAUCGUCUCGUGAGCGCAAAGAUGCUGUGGUCGGCGCAAAAGCUCGAGGGCAGAAAAGGACUGCCGAAGAAUGUUUGGAAGGAUCUCCUGCUAAACGGAAAAGAUGUCAAGGAGUUCAACAGGAUAAAGUGGCUUCAAUAGAGGCUAAGGAGAAGCCAAGGAAGAAACGGGUUGAAGAAGCUACCAAUGGGUCACCCUCCAAACGGACGAGGAGUAAGACUUCACAACUUGCUGCAGGCAAGCGCUCCCGGAAGCCGAACUCUCGGUACAACGAUUAUGUGAAGCCCUAA